AUGGCUAGAGCUAUAAUGCACAACAAGGAUGUUGCAAAAAAUUUGUGGGAUAAAGCUAUGACCAUUGCCUAUCACACUGUAAAAAGGGUCUACUUCAGACUAGGAACAAAGAAAACUCCCUAUGAACUGUGGAAAGGGAAAAAGCCAAAUGUAAAAUAUUUCAGAAAAUUUGGUAGCAUUUUCUUCAUCUUGAAAGAUAGGGAAAAUGAGGGAAAGUUUGACACUCAAAGUGAUGAGGGUGUCUUUCUUGGUUACUCAUCCUCUAGCAAGGCCUAUAGGGUAUUAAACAAAAGGAUAGGUAAAGUCAUGGAGAUUGUGAAUGUGAGGGCAUUGUAUGGCCUAAAGCAAGCACCAAGGGCAUGGUAUGAUCACCUCACAGACUACUUGGUGGCAAAUGAACUCUCAAAAGGACAAGCAGAUCGAACCUUAUUCAUUAAGAAGGUAGAUGGAAAGUUGGUUAUAGCUCAAAUCGAAUUUGAGAUGAGCAUGAUUGGAAAGCUGAAUUACUUUCUUGGCCUUCAAAUUUGGCAAAAUGAUUCUGAUAUCUUCAUAUCUCAAUCUAAAUAUGCUAAUGAUAUUGUAAAGAAAUUUGGAUUAGAGUUUGCUUGCUCGGCUGGUAAUGUUGAUGAUUGUAAGAGUACUUCUGGUGGGUGUUUUUACUUGGGAAAUAAUCUUGUUUCUUGGAUGAGCAAGAAGUAG